UGAAUAUCCCUUUGUUGGUUGAUAAACUUUAUAGUAAUAUCAAAAUAAUCAACAUGACUCCUGCGCGUUCCUUCUCCCAGACCCCCUUCGACUACCUCAUCGUCGGCGGCGGCACUGCGGGGUUAGCCUUAGCCGCCCGACUCAGCGAACAGUCGCAAUGGCGUAUCGGCGUCAUUGAAGCCGGCCCCACGGCCCUCGACGAUCCCGUCAUCAAUGUCCCUGGUCGUUACGGCGAGGCCCUGGGCGGACCAUACGACUGGCAGUUCGAGACGGUCGCGCAACCGGGUCUAAACGGGCGGGCGCUGGCCUGGCCGCGGGGCAAGGUGCUGGGGGGAACGAGUGCGCUGAACUUGAUGGCGUGGAAUCGCGGACAUCGCGAAGAUUACGAUGUGUGGGAGGAAUUGGGAAAUGAGGGGUGGGGGUGGGAUGGGUUGCAACAGUUCUUCCUCCGCAGCGAGACAUUCCACCCCCCCGACGAAGCGCACCAGAAAUCGCACCAAUCCAACUAUCAGGCGGAGCACCACGGGGUGGCCGGGCCGGUGCAGACGAUGCAUCCUCGCGAAUAUGGACCAUCCCAUCGUUUCUGGCACGCCACAUUGAAUGCGAUGGGCGUCGAGUCCAGCCCGGACAGUCUGGGGGGGUGCAAUUCCGGCGCAUGGAAUAUGGUGUGCACGGUGGAUCCGCACCGACAGGAGCGCAGCUAUGCCGCGUCGGCGUACUACCGACCGAUUCGAGACCGGGAGAACUUGGUGGUGCUGUGCGAGGCGACGGUGCUGGAGAUACUCCUGGAAGAAGACGACGGGUGGACCGCUAAAGGCGUCAAGCUGCGCUGCAACGGGGAGGAGUUCACCGUCUCUGCAACGAAGGAGGUGAUCUUGUCUGCGGGGAGCGUGCAGUCACCACAGCUACUGGAACUCUCGGGGAUCGGGGAUCGAAGCGUCCUCGAGGCAGCCGGGAUUCCCGUCAAAAUCCACAACCCGAAUGUAGGCGAGAAUCUGCAGGAGCAUAUGAUGACCGCCACGGUCUUCGAAUUAAGUGCCGACUUGACCACGCGAGACGAUCUCCUCCACACGCCGGCCCAGCGCGCCGCUGCCGACGAGGAGUAUGCCGCCUCGCGGACCGGACCUUGGACCAUCCUUCCCUGCUCCAUCGCCUACUGUGCUCUGUCAACUCUCGCCCCGCCAGACCAGGUGCAAACCCUGCACCAGCACGCCGAGACCCUUUCCCAGAAGACACAACACCCCCACGACGCCCUGAUCGCCCGGCCAUUCCGCCCUGAUAGCCGCCGGGGACAGGUGGAGUACCUCUUCGACCUAGGCAACUGGAGCCCCUUCUUCACGCCCGAGCCAGGAAACAACAAGAAGUACGGUACAAUGCUCCAAAUGCUGCAGUAUCCCUUCUCGCGAGGGUCGAUCCACAUCCAUCCACGACGAGGCCCCAACGAGCCGGCAACAACCGUCGACGAAUCACCCAUCAUCGACCCACGCUACUACCAGGGCGCAGGCGGACACCUCGACACAGAAGUCAUGAAGCUGGGUCUGCACUUUGGAGACAGAGUGUGCCAGACACCACCACUCGCUGACAUCAUUGCGCGACGGGCGUUUCCCGCACCGGAUGACGACGAUAUUGACCGGUUUGUGCAUGACUGUACCAUGACCGAUUGGCAUCCCGUUGGGACUUGUGCGAUGGGCGGGAAAAAGGGCGCACAAGCCGGUGUAGUAGAUGCGCAAUUACGCGUGUACGGUGUUCGUGGGCUGAGGGUCGUCGAUGCCAGUAUCAUGCCGUUGCAGAUUGGGGCGCAUAUCCAGGCGACGGUGUAUGCGAUUGCUGAGAAGGCGGCAGCGAUGAUAUUGGAAGCUGAUUGUCAUUAGUUUGUUGAAUUGUUGGAGGAGUCGUAUGUCCCUCGACUCUAACUAGUAUGGUCAUGAAG